AAUAUAUUAAGAAAGCUUAUUCGUCCUCGGUACAUUCUCAAAUGUUUCAUUUUGGCAACGAUCCGUUUAGCUUUUUGCGUCUUUAACUAUUAACUACUAAACUACCCUACUCUAGACAUUAUCCAUUACAUUAGUCUUAUUCUAUUCGUCAAGAGUCACUUAGCAUUCUGCACUACAAGAGUCCACACGUAUUAAACUGAAUACUCACAUUCAGUUAUUACAAUUGUUGUAACCAGUUCAUCACGGAUUUAAUGUUUCAAUAACUUUAUCAUUGUUAAGUCAAAUAGGUGAAAUAAUUCUUAAGCAACUUCUAUUUACUACUUGUGUCAUAUUUAUUCAAUUUUAGUUGAUUGCUUGAUAGUGAUGGUGCAGUUAUCAAACAAUAAAAAGUGAUAUUAAAUAAAUAUUUAAAUAAAACAUUAUUUUUAAAAUAUUUAAAAAUGCCGCUCGUUGUUAACGGAUCUACUGAAUACUUAAUCACAUAUUAUAUAAAAUAAUUAAUGCUAAUUGCAAGUGUAUAUAUUUAUAUAUAUAGUUUUUAAUUAAAUGUGAUUAUUAGCCCGCCGUUAGUUCAAUAGGCAAUUGAGUUUAUUUUAAUCGCUUAGUGCUUUAUUUAGAUUGAAAUACGGUUCCAUAAUUAUAUUAUUGUUAAGUUAAGUUUAUUUAAUCAACAAAGACAAUUAAUAUUUAUUCAAAAUGGAUUUUGAGGAUAUAAGCCCAAUGGACAGUGAUUUUGAUGUUGAAAUGAGCUCAUUGUCAUCAACUUAUAUUCCAACUGAUGGACGAGGAAAACGAACACCCUUGCGCCCGAUGAUUGCAGAAUAUGAUCCAAAAAAACGUGAUGUGAAAACAGAGUUGUCAGACAUGGUACUUGUCAAAUACAAAUGUGAGAAAAGCGACGUACCCACAAUAAUAGCAAAUGGCUCAACGUUACCAUUGGUGGAGAAAGCAAAUGAUGAAGAAGCUGCUCUUUAUAAUCCAUUUGAGCAUAGAAAAUUGGCCCAUCCAACAUCAGACCUUGACACCCUUAUUCAUUUGCUGAAAGGUAGCCUUGGGUCUGGUAUCCUGGCGAUGCCUUUGGCUUUUAAAAAUGCUGGACUUUAUUUUGGACUCGUUGCGACCUUUUUAAUCGGUAUUAUAUGUACAUACUGCGUUCACAUACUUGUUAAAUGCGCCCACACUCUCUGUCGACGAACACAAACACCAAGUUUAGGAUUUGCCGAGGUCGCUGAGACGGCUUUCCUCGUUGGUCCUGAACCGGUUCAGAAGUACGCCAGACUUGCUAAAGCGACGAUUAAUUCAUUUUUGGUGAUUGAUUUAAUUGGUUGCUGCUGCGUGUACAUCGUAUUUGUAGCAGACAAUUUGAGCCAAGUAAUUGAGUUUUAUACCAAGGUUCACUAUGACAUAAGAAUUUAUAUGGCACUUUUGUUACCUCUGCUCUUGAUUUUUUCUUUGAUAAGAAAUCUUAAAUGGCUUGCGCCGUUUUCGAUGGUUGCAAACAUAUUAAUUGCAGUUGGUAUCAGCAUAACUUUCUAUUAUGUCUUCCGUGAUACAUCUGAAUUCAAACCCGUACCAGGAUUUUCAAGUUUUCCACAAUUACCAAUGUUCUUUGGCACAGCCAUCUUUGCUCUUGAAGGAAUCGGUGUUGUUAUGCCAUUGGAAAACAACAUGAAGACACCCAACCACUUUAUCGGAUGCCCUGGUGUUCUUAACAUUGGAAUGUUUUUCGUUGUUUUGUUAUACAGUACUGUUGGAUUUUUCGGUUACUUACGAUUUGGUGAAGAAACUGAUGGAUCAAUAACUUUGAAUCUUCCUGUAAAUGAACCAUUGGCCCAAGCUGUUAAACUUAUGAUUGCUAUUGCGAUUUUCCUUACAUACGGAUUACAAUUCUACGUUCCCAUGGAAAUUAUUUGGAAAAAUUUGAAACAUCAUUUUGGUGCACGUAAAUUAUAUGCUGAAUAUUUAGUAAGAAUUGGAUUAGUUAUUUUUACUGUAUCAGUAGCCAUCGCAGUACCAAAGCUGGGACCAUUUAUAUCACUUGUUGGUGCGAUUUGUCUUUCAACAUUAGGUUUAAUGUUUCCCUCAGUGAUUGAACUAGUAACAGUAUGGGAUGAAGAAAACGGACUUGGACGGUAUAACUGGAGACUGUGGAAAAAUAUAUUUAUAAUAUGUUUUGGUAUUCUCGGUUUCCUAACAGGUUCAUACGUAAGCUUGCAAGACAUCUUAGAUAGCAAAGCUAAAUGAGACAGCGGCGUGACGGCGGGUCUUAACAAUAGCGAGGAAAUUCGCGUACAACGACACUCAUUACUAAUGAGUGAUGAUAAUAAUAAUUAUUGGCCGCCCUUCGUUGUACAUAAAAAAUUAAAAAUUGAGUCUAUAGAUUUAUAUCUGCCUACCUCCGGCUCUCUUAUCAUCCUAAGAUGUCUAUACAUUAUUCAUCAUAGUUAAAAAGUAAAGGCAAUAAAAGUUUGUAAUUGUUGCUUAGUUAGAUACUCAAUUUAAUAGAUAUUCAAAUUAUCUUUUUUUAAAUUGAGUAUAAAAAAGACACACAUCCGAGAACCGGUCUCUCGCGGACUGAAUAUCACGUCCAAGACUUGCUCGCGGUGGGACAUCACUUUUCUCUCCACUUCAUUCUUCCAACAAUGAGAGAAAAUGUUUGCAACGUGGUUAUUAUUAUUAUUUUUUUUCUAUCUUUAUUUAUUUAUUUUUGUUGCAAUUGAAACACAGGA